AAAAUUUCUCAAUUCCUAUGAAGAAAAUUGAAAAACACUUUUUAUAUAAAUUUGAACAUGUUUGCACUUUUAUACUCCCUCCGUCCAAAAUUAAAGUUCUCACUUUCCUUUUCAGGCCUUGAGACUAAAGGAUUCAGAAUAAGUAGGAACAAGACUGAAUACAUGGAAUGUCGUUUCAGUGGCCGGGAUACAGAAUCAGAGGUGGAAGUCAAGAUUGACUCUCACCUAGUACCUAAGGUAGACAUGUUUCGUUAUCUUGGCUCAGUAAUUCAGGCGGAUGGGGAGUUAGAUGCGGAUGUUGGACAUCGGGUUGGAGUGGCUUGGGCCAAAUGGCGGUUAGCUUCAGGGGUGUUGUGUGAUCCGAAGAUUUCGCCUAGAAUGAAAGGUAAGUUCUAUCGAUCCGUAGUCAGACCUGCUAUGUUAUAUGGGGCAGAGUGUUGGGCGGUUAAGAAGACUCAUGUGGAGCCGGGGGUCUCUUGGAAACAGCCUCCCUACUUCCGAGUAGGGGCAAGUUCUGGUCUUCAGGAUGAUGGGAGAGGGGGAGUAGGCAGUAUGGGUGGGUAAGUGGGGCUAAGGUGGGGGGUAAUUUUGGAAAGUCAAAGCAAAUUUUAAAUUUUAUUAAACUCCGUGCCAAGUCAAAGUGGGAACUUUAAUCUUGGACGGAGGGAGUAUAAAUUUUUGGUGUUUAG